GAGAGAGAGAGAGAGAGAGAGUUCCACCGAUAAAUCAAAAAAGAACUAUCUCUUUUAUCAAUCAUUUUAUUAUACAUACCGUAACUUUUCUUAACAAAUUUGCAUUAACAUGUGAAGAAAAAUUAUUUGAAUUUGAAAAUAAACUUCAAAAAGUUGAAGCAUCUCUAGCAAUUCUUGAAUCUCGGUUAUCUUCGAUACCAGAUUUGCAACCAAACAUAAAAGUUGAAGCUGAUAACGUCAAAGAAAAUAAUGAAAUCAAACCUGAGAAUGUAGAAGUUUUAAAAAUAGAUGAACCAGAUAACGUAGAAGAAAAUAAAUCUAUUAGCGAUGAAUCUUCUUCACAGAAAGUUGAAAGAGAUCCUCGUUAUGAUAGAUAUUUUAAAUUGAUACAUUUAGGUGCGCAGAAAGAAGAAGUAAAAUUAAGAGCACAACGCGAAGGAUUGGACCCAAGCAUUUUGGAUGAACCUCAGCAGACAUCUGGACCCAAAGUGAAUGUGCCAGAUAGAACUAGUUAAGAUUGACUAACUCAUUGAAUGUUAUAUUAAAAUACCAAUGUUAAUAUUUCUUUUAUAUAAGAGUAAAAGAAUACUAUUUGCAAAAUAAACA